AUGAACCUAAAUUCACUAUUCUUAAGAUUAUUUAAUAGAUUAAAAUAAUUUAAGUCAUUAAAUUACAUUACUGAUAUUAAUUUGAAUUAAUUUGAAAAUCUAUUGAAAAUAGUAACUAAAUUUAUAAAAAUAGAGUAAUUCCCUAUUAGAAGUGUAUUUGUAUUAUAAUUAAAUAAGAAAUAAAGAUAGAAUUGUAUUCAUUAGGGUGUUUUAAAAAAUUAAUAUAUGAAAGUGAUUAAAUUAGUAUAGCAGAAGGAAUGUGUUUAGAUGAUAUCUGAGUAAAUUUUUUUAUCUAUAAAGAAUCUUAUAUAUGCCAAAUUCAGAAUUAUUUCAUUUCGAUUUAUCAUAUUGA